AUAGACCUUAUCUACAAAAACAAUCACAUUAUGAGGUAUGAGUAACAACAAUUAAAUAUGCCAGCUAUAAGUCUUCAAAAAUUGUUAAAAUUUCCUUUCAUUUCUAGUUUGCUUAAAGAUUUUGUUUAAAUCAUGGAUGAGUGCUGAAUUUUCUCAAUUUUUUUCCUGCAUCCAUUAUGAUGAUUGUAUGCAUUUCCAUUUUCCAUCUGUUAAUAUGGUGAAUUACACUGAUUUUUUCCAAUUUUAAACCAGCGUUGUAUUUCUGGGAAUAACCUAUUCAGUCAUGAAAUAUCCUUUUUAUAUGUCGGCAAUUUUUAUUUGUGAAAAUAUUACAGAAUAUCUUUGUGCUGCACCACACACUGAAGAUGUGUUUGUAAGUAGGAGAGAUGCUAUAUAAAAAAAAGCUUAAUCAAAACUCAUUUACUAUAAAAAACAGAAUAAACAUAUUCCUUCAAAAUAUGCAAAUAUCAAAAUUAACAGUUCAAAGAACUGAAAGCGGAUGGAAGCAGGACUAGAGGGUAAGGUUGUUCUUGUUGCCAUUUUUUGUACCAUUUGACCUCUUUAAAUUAAUGUGCACAUUACUUCUGUAGAAGUAAAACAAUUUAUGUUAAUUAAAAAAAGUAAAUCCUCCCCACCCAAAUACUAGUUGUUUUUAGUUUGUCUCAGUUACAACUCUGAUUCAGCUGGGAUCAGCUGUGUUGGUGCAUGGUGUGCAAACAACUGUAACAGUGACUGUUUUUUUCUCCUGACUAGGUAAAUGACUCCCAGAAUAAUUUACUGUUUAGUUCUUAUUUCUCCCCAGGAUUUGUGAGUUCUGUUAUUUAUAUUAGAGUAUUCCUAUACUAUCUAUCCUUGCCCUAGUACCACACUGAUUUGAGCUACAGUGAAAAUGAGUUUACUGUGGUGGAGAAAAAGCAAUAGAAUGUACAAAGGCGCAGGUUUAUAAAAGCUGGUGGCCAGUAAAUGUAUGGUUUGGAGGAAUCUGCGAAUAGAUAAGAUAAAGAAUGUUGCAAGCCCAACAGUAAGGGGCAUUAGUCAAAACGAAGCCCUUGAUACCUAUUCCUUCCGGAGCAAACACGACGCUUCACAAGCUGAAACCCCUUGGUGGGACAGAGACACCGAGGAUGAGCCAGCAGAGGCCGAGGGGCUCGCGCGCUGUGAUUUCCGGCGCCUGCGCAAGCACAGGAAGCAUGGCGGUGGCCUGGGGGCGUGGCGCACGUCACUUACAGCUGUAGCCCGCCGCAUCACCUCGCGGCAUGACGGCCAGCGCGGAGCCGCGAACGCGGCGGCCCGGAGUCGGGGUAGGAGUGGUCGUGACUAGCUGCAGGCAUCCUCGCUGUGUCCUCCUGGGGAAGAGGAAAGGGUCAUUUGGAGCGGGCGGUUUCCAACUUCCGGGGGGUCACUUGGAGUUCGGUGAAAGCUGGGAAGAAUGUGCUCAAAGAGAAACCUGGGAAGAAGCAGCGCUUCACCUGAAAAAUGUUCGGUUUGCCUCAGUUGUGAAUUCUUUCGUUGAGAAAGAGAAUUACCAUUAUGUCACUAUAUUAAUGAAAGGAGAGGUGGAUGUGACUCAUGAUUCAGAACCAAAGAAUGUAGAGCCUGAAAAAAAUGAAAGUUGGGAGUGGGUUCCUUGGGAAGAAUUUCCUCCACUGGAGCAGCUCUUCUGGCCACUGCGUUGUUUAAAGGAACAAGGCUAUGACCCAUUUAAAGAAGAUGUGGAUCAUCUGGUAGGAUACAAAGGAAGUCAUCUCUGGAUGGACAAGAAGAUUCCCUGAUGUUUUUUUCUUUUUUUAAAAGACAAAAAAAGGUCUGGUUAGAGAAUAUCUACAUUUCAGAACAACUCCAUUUUAUCUAAAAAGUUCCAUAUCAUUGCCAGUUUAUUUUCAGUCUUCUUAAUACACCUACCACCCUUUCAACUAGUAUUUGCGAAAAUUUUUCUGGGAUUUUGUCAUGAAUUGUAUUCCAGACUCACAAAACGUGCCAAGCUGUGAUGUUGUGAUCUGCUUUCCAUAUUUCUCUAUGACAUUUACUGUAUAGUUUGUCAUCACCAGCUUGAAUGGAGUAGAGUGUAGUAGAAUCUGCCUUAGUGUUUCCGUUCAAAUGCUAACACUGUAUGCCUAUACUGUUUCCACAAAAAUAAGACCCAGCCGGAAAAGAAGCCCUAGCAUGAUUCCUCCAGGAUAUGGGAGGCACGCACCCCUCACAUGAGAGUUGUAUGAACUGUUUCAGGG